UUCAGGCUUGAUAGGUUGUCUGUUUCUAGGAAUUUAUCCAUUUCUUCUAGGUUGUCCAAUUUAUUGGAAUAAUCUAUUUUAGAUCAGUGUGUCUUAAACUUCAAUGUGUGCAUAUGAAUCACCUAGAGAUCUUAACAAAAGGCUGAUUCUGAUUCGGUAGUUUCUGGAGUUGGGCCUAAGGUCUUGCAUGUGUCACAAGCUCUCUGGUGGUGUUGAUGCCGCUGGUCUUUAUACUUUUGAACACAAAGCUCUUGGAUGUGGAUUCUUUUUUUCUUUUUUUCCCACUGGGCCGGAUGUGGAUUCUUAAUGAAGGCAAAUUGUACAUAUAAGGCAGGGACAGAUUCAGCAUAAUUCGGCCUAGAUUCCUUUGGGCCCCAAAAGCUCUACUGGGUAGUGAGAAUGUCAAACUGUCUGAGAAACUCUUAUUAAAGAGUAGAAUUUCACAAGAUUUGGAAAGCUCAUUUCUCACUGUGCCACUGCCCUUUUAUAUGCCUUGCAGCAUCAUUCUGCAACCAUGCACUUGUUAAGAGAAUGUUUACUAACCUCAGGCUCUUGUUUUCAAACCAAACUCAGCAUCAGCAAGGCCAUAUCUUUAACCAAAGACAGAAGGCAGAAUCAAUGCCUGGGGUAUCUGAACAAGAUCUCUGCCACCCUGUUUCUCCACAGUGUAAAGCCUUUAUUAGGCAUAUAACUAUUUUCAGUAUAAAAGAACUACUGCUCAGUGCUUGUGCAUUGGAUUCCACUUUCUCUUAUAUCAUUAUUGUUAUCCCUACUUCCUUUCUAUUUGGGUUUGCCUGAUAUAGAAAGGAUAGAUAAAGAGCUAUUUGAAUAUGAGAUUGAGAGAGGCAUGUACAAGACUUCUAAUAUCUUUUAAGUUUGGAGUUGUGGUGUUCUCUUUACAUGGAGCAGAGGCCUGUGGAAGUUUUAGUGAGUUCACUCUUCCAAGGAAGGACGGGAAGAAAGAGAUUACUGGAUUAUUCCACUGUUAGAGGAGGCAGUGAUUGUGGCAAGGGAAGAUGGAAUUGUUUUUCCCAGCAAGUUGAAGUAGUGGGGCAGGCGUGGCCUGGAACUAGACUGAUCUGGGACCCUACACAGCUUGGGUAAAAUAUCAGUAGUCUAGUUUUCCUAAGCCUCAGCUUCCUCACCGGUGGAAUGGGAAUUAGUUUCCAUUGGGUGACAUGACGGUCAAGUGAGAAAGUAGUUUCAAAGUUCCUUGUAAAAUGUCUGAUCUGCCAACUGUAACUACAUUUCGUGGUAUUAAAAUCUCAAGCUCUACACUGGUAAGAAUCAUAUUUCCUCGCUGAUCGCACAGGUUAAUCUUGUGUUCUUUAGCAAGGUCAUACUUAUUUGUAAUGUCAACGUUUCAACUUGGUAAGUCUGAGAUUUCCAAGGCAGGAUUGCUUUUCAUGGCUUAUUUCUCUUUCUUAGAUAUGUCUUUGCAAGACUCCACUCUUUCCAGAGAGGGGAGCCCAGAGGAAGAGAUUAUGGCUGCUGUGGUUUUUUCAGUUGGACCUCUGUGUUCUCCUCUUUUCUACCCAUUAAGAAGUGAUCAAGCUUAAUAGAUGACAUGGAGAGAAAGAAGAUGUUUAAGACACAGUGCUUGGCUGUAGGGUGCUUACAGUCUCAAUGAGAGUCCUGAAGUUCCCCAGCCAAAUGAAGAUCUUCACCUUCAGGCAGAAGAACAAGAAUUGGUAAAGGAAUCAGUGACUUUUAAAGAUGUGGCUAUAGACUUCACAUUGGAAGAGUGGAGGUUGAUGGACCCUACACAGAGGAAACUGCACAAGGAUGUGAUGCUAGAGAAUUAUAGGAAUCUUGUCUCCGUGGGGCUUGCAGUUUCCAAACCAGACAUGAUAUCUCAUUUGGAGGAUGGAAAAGGACCAUGGGUGGUAGUGAGAGAAACUUCAAAAACCCGCUAUUCAGAGUUGGAGACUAAACCUACAACCAAGAAUGCUAUACCAACAGAGAAUAUUUCUGAAGAAUGUUUAUCACAGGAGACCAUAGUAGAGAAACUCAUAGAGAAUGGUCUAUGGGACACCAAAAUGGGAGGAUUAUGGAAAUGGAGUGACAGGAUAUUGAGAUUGCAAGAUAGUCAAGAAAGUCAUUUGAGUCAAAGAAUAGUUAAACACAAGAAAAUUCCCACUCUUCAAAAAGGCUUUAGAUUUGGAUCUGUUCUUUUUCCAGAACCAGGAGUUAUCACAGAAGAGCCCCACAGCAAAUACCAAACACAUGAGGAAAAUUUUACAGAGAAUUUAGAUUUGAUUACAGAUACCCAUCUGGGGAAGAAAAUGUGCAAGGAUACAGAAGGCAACAAAGUCAUAAGCCCUGCUUCAGAACUCACUUUAGAGAAAAAAAACAAUAAUAAAGAAAAACCCUAUAAAUGUAGUACAUGUGAAAAGGCCUUCCGUUAUAGGUCAUUACUCAUUCAACAUCAGAGAACUCACACUAAAGAAAAACCUUAUGAAUGUAGUGAAUGUGGGAAAAUGUUCAGCCAGCCUUCAUAUCUUAGUCAACAUAAAAAAAUUCACACUGGAGAAAAGCCCUAUAAAUGUAAUGAAUGUGGAAAGGCCUUCAUUGCUUCUUCAUCCCUCAUGGUGCAUCAGAGAAUUCAUACUAAGGAGAAACCUUAUCAGUGCAAUGUUUGUGGAAAAUCUUUCAGCCAGUGUGCCCGCCUUAAUCAACACCAGAGAAUUCAAACUGGAGAGAAGCCCUAUAAAUGUAGUGAAUGUGGGAAAGCUUUUGGUGAUAAAUCAAAACUUGCAAGACAUCAGGAAACUCACAAUGGAGAAAAACCCUACAAAUGUAACGAUUGUGGGAAAGCCUUUAGGAAUAAGUCAUAUCUUAGUGUACAUCAGAAGACCCAUACUGAAGAGAAACCAUAUAAAUGCAUUGAGUGUGGGAAAUCGUUCAAGAAUACCACAAUCUUUAAUGUUCAUCAGAGAAUUCAUACUGGAGAGAAACCCUUUAGAUGUAAUGAGUGUGGAAAAGCCUAUAGAAGUAAUUCAAGCCUUAUUGUACAUAUAAGAACUCAUACUGGGGAAAAACCCUAUGAAUGUAAUGAAUGUGGGAAAGCAUUCAAUCGUAUAGCAAAUUUCACGGAACAUCAGAGGAUUCAUACAGGAGAAAAACCCUAUAAAUGUAAUGAAUGUGGGAAAGCAUUCAUCAAUUAUUCAUGCCUUACUGUACACCACAGAAUGCAUACAGGAGAGAAACCUUAUAAAUGUAAUGAAUGUGGAAAGGCCUUCAUGCGUUCUUCAUCUCUAAUUAUACAUCAGCGAAUUCAUACUGAGGAGAAACCUUAUCUCUGUAAUGAAUGUGGGGAAUCUUUCAGAAUAAAAUCACACUUAACUGUACAUCAGAGGAUUCAUACUGGAGAGAAACCAUAUAAAUGUACUGACUGUGAGAGGGCAUUUACCAAGAUGGUAAAUCUCAAGGAGCACCAGAAAAUUCAUACUGGUGUGAAACCCUACAACUGCUAUGAUUGUGGAAAAUCCUUCAGAACUAAGUCAUACCUUAUUGUACAUCAAAGGACCCAUACUGGAGAAAAACCAUAUAAGUGUAAUGAAUGUGAGAAAGCUUUCACUAAUACAUCACAGCUUACUGUGCAUCAAAGAAGGCAUACUGGAGAAAAACCCUAUAAAUGUAAUGAGUGUGGGAAGGUUUUCACAAGUAACUCAGGCUUUAAUACCCACCAAAGGACACAUACCGGGGAGAAACCAUUUAAAUGUAAUGACUGUGGCAAAGCAUUUAGCCAGAUGGUACACGUCACAGAACAUCAGAAAAUCCAUAGUGGAGAGAAACCCUAUAAAUGUGAUGUCUGUGGAAAAGCCUUCAGGAGAGGUUCAUACCUUACAGUGCAUUGGAGAACACAUACUGGAGAAAAGCCCUAUACAUGUAAGGAAUGUGGGAAAGGUUGUAUUACUCUAUCACAGCUAACUCUACAUCAGAGAAUUCAUACUGGGGAGAGGCCCUAUAGAUGUGAAGAAUGUGGAAAAGCCUUCAGAACGAACUCAGACUUCACUGUACAUCUGAGGAUGCACACUGGAGAAAAACCCUAUAAAUGUAGUGAGUGUGGAAAAGCCUUUAGGAGUAGCUCAAGCCUUACUGUACAUCAAAGAAUACAUCAGAGAGAAGCUCAAUUAAUAUAGAGGACAGAAAAUUAUCAUCCAGAUAUGACAAGAAUCUUAUAAACUGUAUAUUUUAUGAAUGUGGGAAAAUGUUCAGGAGCAAUUUGCCAGAAAGUACACACUUCAUAAAUAUAAGAAUGUAGAAAAGCAAUUGGUCAUAUUAAAUCUUAGAAGUUAUAAGAAAAUUCAUAAUAAAAAGGGCAAAUGAAAGCCUUCAUCCAAAUUUCAUAUUUUAUUCAUUUAACAAAUUAUCUUCGAUGAAUUGCCUAUUUUUUUGCUGAUUUUCUUAUUGGUUUAUAUUUCUUAUAAAUCUGGAGGUGCCCUUAAUAUAUUUGAGAUAUUAAUCAUUUGACAUAUGUGUUGCAAAUGUUUUUCUUAACCUCGUAUUUGUCUUUGUACUUUUUUAUGUAGUAAAAGAUUUUUAAGUCUUUAAUUUUUCAUAGUAAAAUAUUUACAUCUUUUCCUUUUUAUAUUCUUUAUUUACUCUUUUAGCAAUCCCCAGGUUAUAUAUAGUCUCCUAAAUUUGUUUCUAAUAUUCUGAUAAUUUUAUUUUUUACAUUGAAGUUUUAAUCCAUCUGGACUAGAUGGCUCUUCAUAGAAGAACAACUCCAAAUGCAUUAACCUAUGAAAAUAUUAUGAACCUAAAUAAACAAUACUCAGGGAAACGCAAAUUGAAACAAUGAAUGAUAUGUUACUUCCACUUCAUGGAGUUGGCAAAAAUUAAGAGAUCUUUUGCUAGUGGAGUUUGGCAAACCAUAUACUCUUACCAAAUGGUUAUAUCAACUUAUAUUUCCACCAGCAAUCCAGCGGUAUAUAUAUUUUUUAAUUCUUAAGUAAAAUUUUAAAAGCACUUUGACCCAGCAGUCUCACUUUUGGGGAAUCUGCCCCACAGAAAUAAUAGCAUCAGUGCAAAAGCAUAUGUAUAAAUAAGGAUGUUUAUUAAAGUAUUGUUUGUGGAGACAAAGAAGAAACCCAACUGGAGACAAAGUGAAUGCCAAUUAAUAGGGGAAUGGGUGAAUAAAUUGUGAUAUAGCCAUACCAUGGAAAAGUAUGAGAGUAAUUUUUAAAAUGAGUUAUAGCUACACUAGUUGACUUCAAGGUAUUUCCACAAAUUUUUGAUAAGUAAUUGCUUUAUUACAGAGAUGUAUAUAUACAAGAUUUCAUUUUUGUUAAAGUAAUGGUCACAUGCAUUUAUGUAUGCAUAUAUGUGUGCAUGUGAUUAGAUGAGCAUGGAAACAAGUAUGGAAGAAUAUACAUCAGGCUGUUAAUAUUGGUUACCUUGAAGGGAGGGAGAAGAGGAGAAGCAGUGAUAUAAGUGGGGGGGGGGGAAACUAGGAAAAUAGAAAAAUAUAAAUGCAGUAUGUAUGGUAUGAAACUAUGUAUUUGUGUGAACUUUUGAUAGCCAUGAAUGAAGGGACAGUCUCCAAAAAGUUAAUGACAGUUGUUUUAGAUUUGUUGCAGAAUCCAGUGUUUUUUGUUUGUUUUACCUCUCUCUGCUUUUCUGUAUUUCUCAGUUUUUCUUUCCAAUGAGCAUGUAAUAUUUAUAUAAACAUGAAAAACCUA